AGAGUGAUAUAGCAUCUAGUUAGUUUGUUCCAUCAUGGCUCAUCAAUACUCUCUUGUUUUACCAAUGAUGUUGCUUGCUACAUGCUUUUUUUUGAGCGGUGAUGCCAAAUUGGUUGUUUCUCGUCGUCUUUUAGAAAGUUCCCAUGCAGAACUUCCGAAGCCUGAGGUUCCAAAAAUGCCUGAACUUCCAAAACCAGUGAUACCGGAAUUACCAAAACCCACGGUGCCCGAAAUCCCAAAACUUGAUUUGCCAAAAAUGCCUGAAUUGCCUAAGCCCCCGAUGCCUGAAGUACCAAAACUUACAACACCAGAGUUACCCAAACACAAUGUACCAGAACUUCCAAAGCCUGUUGUACCUGAAGUACCAAAACCUGAGUUACCUAAACCUACCAUACCACAGCUCCCAAAGCCCGAAAUACAUGAAGUGCCGAAGCCCGAACUUCCAAAAGAGCAUGAACUACCUAAGCCUACAGUGCCAGAAAUGCCAAAGCCUGAGGUACCAGAAAAGCCUGAAUUGCCUAAACCUACAACACCAGAAUUCCCUAAGCCAAUGGUACAUGAACUCCCAAAACCCAUAGUACAUGAAGUGCCAAAAGUUGAGUUGCCUAAGCCCACAAUUCCUGAAGUGCCAAAACCGGAGGUGCCAAAGAUCCCUGAAUUACCUAAACCUACCAUACCAGAGCUCCCAAAGCCUCAAGUACAUGAAGUGCCAAAGCCUGAAGUACCCGAAAACCAUGAAUUCUCGAAGCCCACCAUGCCUGAAAUGCCAAAGCUCGAGGUACCAAAAAAAGAUGAAUUGCCAAAACCCACAAUGCCAGAACUCCCUAAGCCAACAGUACAUGACAUCCCGAAGCCUGUAGUACCUCAAGUGCCAAAACCUGAGAUUCCUAAACCCAUUGUGCCUGAAAUCCCAAAGAUGCCUGAAUUACCUAAGCCUACAAUACCGGAGCCUCCAAAAUUAACUGUACCAGAACUACCUAAGCCCACAACACCAGAGCAUGAGGGGCCAAAGGAACCUGAGUUGCCUAAGCCCGUGGUGCCAAAGCUCGAGACACCUAAAUUGCCUGAGAUGCCGAACCUUCCUAAACCCACAAAACCAGAAUUGUCUAAGCCCACCUUCCCUUAAUUACCCAAAUCCAAACAUCUACUGUCGCUACAGAGCCAAAACCAGCUAUGCCUUAUAUCAUUGCCUACAACUCUUUGCCUAUAAUAGUAAUUCUUUCAUCAAUAUUGCGUACUUUAAUUUGGACUUCAUAUUUAUGAUUGAUAUACAUGUGUUUUACAACAUGGUCAUCCGGAUGUGAUUUGUAUGUAUGUACGAUUCCUUUGUAUUUCAUUUUGCAGAAUGCUAUUAGCAUCUUCUUGUUUUUAGAAGUUACUGGGGGGACGUAAUAUUAUACUUCUGUUAAGAAUUUAAAUACAAGAAACUAUUUUGUGGCCUAUGUAAUAUUUUAUAAUAUGUUUGUCUAUAUUAAUAUCAAUAAAGCUCACUUCAUAAUUUAGUAGUA